AUGGAUCCUCCAUCCAACAAGACGCCUGAUUCUGCAAACACCUCAAAACUAGAGGAUCAGAUCGUCUUAUCUAGCUUCGAUCAACCUCUAAAUCCACCACAUUGUGAUAGAGACGAACGGAGCGACAAGCAAUCAGCAAAGUAUGCAGAGGAGGUUGAGUUAACAGAAAUAUUUGAUAUGGUUCUUUUGUGUACAUGUGCUAAGGCUAAGAAAGUCUCUUGUGAUAUCAGUUCUGAAAUUUCAUCUGAAGUAGAAAAGAGUCCUAAAAAUGCAGCUUUGGAUUUAAGGACUCUGUUAAUUAGCUGUGCACAAUUUGUUGCUUCUGGUGAUCAAGAAUCAGCAAGUGAAAUGCUGAAGCAGAUAAGGCAAGAAAGUUCACCAACCGGCGACACAUAUCAAAGGCUGGCUAGUGUAUUUGCUGAUGGCAUCGAGGCUCGGUUGUCCAGGGGCGGAGCUACAUUGUCUAAAAGGGGUUCAAUUGGUAAGAGUAAUUUUUUUAAUAGGAAGACAGAUACUGCUGACAAUCUAAAAGCAUACCACGUUCACCUUUCGUCGUGCCCUUUCAUCAAAGUAUCAAUCUCCUUCGCAAAUAAAAUGAUCUUCCACACAGCACGCAACGCUACAACACUACAUAUCAUAGAUUUUGGUAUCCUUUAUGGAUUCCAAUGGCCAAUACUCAUCCAGCAUCUCUCAGUUAUGCCUGGUGGACCUCCAAAGCUUCGCAUUACUGGAAUAAACCUUCCUCAACCCGGCUUCAGGCAAGCAGAACACUUAGAAGAGACAGGUCGUCUCUUGGCAAGAUACUGUGAACGUUUUAACGUUCCAUUCGAGUAUAAUCCCAUAGUGAUACAAAAUUGGGAGAGAAUUGAAAUCAAGGACUUGAAACUUGAAAGUGGUGAAUUUGUUGCUGUGAACUGUCUUUUUCGUUCUGAGAAUUUAUCGGAUGAGACAUUGGAUGUAGAGUGUCCAAGGGAUGCGGUCCUGAGCUUAAUUCAAAAGAUGAAUCCGGAUAUCUUCGUGCAAGGUGUUACUAACGGAUCUUACAAUUCCCCCUUCUUCGUCACUCGCUUCCAAGAAGCCCUCUUGCACUACUCAGCUCUAUUCGAUAUGUUUGAUGCUACAUUACCCCGAGAUGAUCAACAAAGACUGCAUUUUGAACAAGAACUUUAUAGGCGUGAGGCGAUGAAUGUCAUAGCCUGUGAGGGUGCUGAGAGGGUAGAGAGGCCUGAGACGUACGAGCAAUGGCAAGUCCGCAACGUGAGGGCUGGAUUCAAGAUUCUUCCAUUGAACCAAGAAGUCAUGAAAACAUUGAAGGACAAUGUAGAGGCAGGGUACCACAGAGAUUUUGUGUUGUAUGAGGAUGGUAAUUGGAUGGUGCAGGGAUGGAAAGAUAGGAUCAUUUGUGCUAGCUCUUGCUGGAUUCCUCUACAUAGGAGUUGCUGA